CAACAAUAUUCUAUAUAGUCUCAUGCGACACAGUAGGUUCAUUUGCCAAUAUCGCGACGUGAGAAACAACCUCUAUUCAUCAAAAGUUCUCCUUUCGACAAUCUCAUGACUAUGGCUUCUCUAGCAGAACACUACCCAUGGGUAUCAUCACCUGUCAUAGUCUCAGCACCCAUGAGCGGAUUUUCUGGUCCUGCUCUAGCUCAUUCGGUUUAUGCAGCUGGCGGUAUAGGGUUCCUCGGUGGUCUCCCGGACAUCAACGCCCUUCGGACAGCUCUCGAAGACGCCACCGAGUUAGUGACAGGUAGCAGAAUUCCUACUCCGGACACAACUCUUCCUAUUGGUCUAGGUGCUCUUUUGUUCGCACAGAAGCUUGACGAGGUCGUUGCUUUGGUCGAAGAGUUCCGGCCAAUUGCGGUAUGGUUGUUUGCAGCGCAUGGACCGGAAGACUUUGGUCGUUGGAGUGAAGCGAUACGGAAAGCGAGCAGCAAAACAAAGAUCUGGAUUCAGAUAGGCAGCGUUGCGGCUGCUUUGAACUCGGUCGAGUCUUGUAAGCCGGACGUGCUUGUGCUACAAGGAGCUGAUGCUGGUGGCCAUGGUGGUGAGAAGGGAGCCGGUAUCAUCUCGCUUGUUCCCGAAACCUUGUACGCUCUGGAAAGGGCUGGAGUGAUAGGCGUGUCCAUCGUCGCUACAGGUGGUAUCGCAAACGGUGCUGGUGUUGCGGCUGCGUUGACACUGGGUGCCGGUGGCGUGGCGAUGGGAACCAGAUUUCUGGCCGCGGAGGAAACAAAAGUGCACCCUGCAUACCAAACCGCCAUCCUCGAAACAGAAGAUGGAGGACAGACCACAGUCCGCGCAAAAGUAUUUGACGAGCUGGCAGGCCCGAAUAUUUGGCCUCGAGACUUUGAUGGCAGGGCUCUCAUUGCUGAUAGCUAUCGCGAUCAUGUCAAAGGCGUCUCCAUCGAUGACAUUCGUAAGUCACACGCCGAGGCAAAGCAAACUUCUCAUCUUGGCUUUGGAGAUGGCAAUAGGAGAGCUGCAAUUUGGGCGGGCACCGGAGUUGGUCUUGUCCGUGAUAAAGCAUCUGCCGGACAGAUCAUUGCAGAGGUUCGCAGGGAAGCGAAAAUUGCGUUGAACAGCGCAUUGAAGCAUGUCCAAUAGACCGAAUAGAUUCGCAAGUCACAUAGUAUGAAACAUCAUUCGUCUGACAACAAAUAAGCUGGGUCAUUCAAGAGAAACAACUAUAGAAAGAAAUGAGUAUCGAGGAG